AUGUCCUUGAAAACUGGAAUCGUAGGACUCCCAAAUGUAGGAAAGAGUACUUUGUUUAACGCUUUAACGGAGAAUGCUGCAGCACAAACUGCCAACUUUCCAUUUUGCACAAUUGAACCCAAUGUUGGAAUAGUUGCGGUACCUGACGAGCGACUUAAAGUGCUUUCUCAAAUUUCUUCAUCUGAAAAUAUAAUACCUGCUUUUGUUGAGAUAGUAGAUAUAGCUGGUUUAGUAAAAGGUGCUUCAGAGGGCCAGGGACUAGGGAACAAAUUUCUCUCAAAUAUACGUGAAUGUGACGCGAUUAUUCAUACUGUUCGAUGCUUUGAUGAUGACGAGGUGAUACAUGUUGAUGGGCGCGUGAAUCCUGUAGAAGAUGUAGCAACAAUCAAUUUUGAGUUAGCUCUGUCUGAUUUGCUGCAAGUUGAAAGGAGAAUCGAUAGAUUAAAGAAGGGGAAAGCUAAGAGUCCCACAGAAAAAGCACAAGAAGCAGCAGAACUUGAAGUGCUUGAAAGGGUAUCUCUAUCACUAGAAAGUGGAAUUCCAGUUCGUGUUCUCAAACUCUGUGAGGAUGAAAGUGUGUUGCUGUCUACUCUCAAUUUACUGACUCAAAAACCGUGUAUAUAUGCUGCAAAUGUUUGUGAAAGUGACUUGCGCACGAAGGGAAGUGGAAAUAUUUACGUAGAGAAUUUGCUUGAUCUUGCAAAUAGUGAAGGCUCUGCUGUUUGUAUUGUGUCUGCAAAGAUCGAAUCCGAACUUGUACAAAUGGAACUUGAAGAACGGGAAUUCUUCCUUGAAGAGUUAGGAGUAAAAGAAGUGGGUCUUCCUGCUCUUGUCAGAGCUGUGUACAAGCAACUAAAGCUUCAAACAUAUUUUACAACGGGUGAAAAAGAAACACGAGCCUGGACCACGAAGAUUGGCGCCACUGCUCCACAAGCUGCGGGUGUUAUACACACUGACUUCGAACGCGGAUUUAUCAAGGCGGAAACUGUCUCAUACCAAGACUAUGUUGUUAGUGAAGGUUUUGCAAAGGCCAAGGAAAAGGGACUUUGGAGACUCGAGGGAAAGGAGUACGUUGUCAAGGAAGGAGAUAUCAUGGUUUUCAAAUUUAAUGUAUGA